GAAGUUGAAAAGGAAAGAGAUCCGUUGUCGUACCUCAGUAAGGAAGAAACCAAAGAGAAGAUCCAGCUUUACAAUGCAGCAGUUACUGACAAAUUAAAGAUGACACUGAAUUCCAAUGGCAUAUAUACAGGUUUUAUAAAAGUACAGAUGGAACUAAGACGACCAAUCACUGCCAAUGGAAGUAACACUGCCUUCUACAUGCCCAAAGGCAGUAUAAACAUUCUACAUAUCAGCAGUACCAACACUGUUCGGGAAGUCAUUGAGGCCUUGUUGAGAAAGUUUAUGGUUGCUGACAAUCCUGCCAAGUUUGCACUUUAUAAACACUGUCAGAAAGAAGAUCAAGUUUACAUGUGCAGGUUAUCUGACAGAGAGCACCCCCUCUAUCUUCGUCUGGUUGCUGGGCCGAAUCUUGAAACCCUUAGUUUUGUACUACGAGAGCAUGAAACUGGAGAUUGGGAAGCCUUCACAGUACCAGAAUUGCAGAACUUCUUGCGCAUCUUAGACAAGGAAGAAGAGGAACAAUUGCAGAGUUUAAAGCGACGCUAUUCAUCCUACAAGGAGAAGUUAGAGGAAGCUUUGAGUGGCGUACACAAACCUGGCUAA